AUGGGAGGGGCGCUCGGCAAAAAGGCAAAGCAGCGUAGGAGAGGACACCAGCGGCGUUCCCAAAAGAAGCCGGACACUUUCUUCAACACGUGCGUCACCGUCAUCGCCGUACUGAUAGUCAUCACGCUCAUCUGCAUGACCAUCAUCAUGCUCAAGUGCUUUACGACCAAGGACGCAUGCCCAAACCCAGCGGCCAUGUACAACCCGUACACCAACACGGCGCUCUCCUGUGACUCCCAGGAGUGCCGCAACUACGUGAACAUCCUCCAGUCGAGCCAAGUGGCGUCGAUGGAGCCGUGCGAGGACUUCUACGAAUUCGCCUGCGGCGGCUGGACCAAGGCUGUCGUGGUGCCGCCGGACGAGGUCACCGCCUCCGUGCACACCAGGCUGCUUCGGAGGGUCGAGAGCGAGAUCGGAGAGACCCUCAACAACACGGUGGUCACGUAUCGGUACCAGACGGCGACGCAAAAGGCGGCUGCGCUGUUCCAGUCCUGCAUCAACGUCGACAUGCGCAACAGCAAGGGUACGCGACCGCUAGAAGAACUUCUGUCGUACGUGGGCCUCCCGCGGUGGCCCAUACUGAACCGGACGGCCAAGUUCCCCACUUACCAGAUCCUAGGGUCACAUCAUCCGGGAAUCGGCCAGCCAUCGUUCGGCGUGGAGCCGCCGGUAUUGCGAGGCCGCUACCGGUCACCCUACUUCCGAAUACUGCACCGUUACAAGCUGUACAUGUACCGCUGCGCGCUGCUCAUGGGCUCCAACGUGGCUGCAGCCGACAUAGUAAACGACAUUGUCGCCUUCGAAGCGAGGCUGGCCUCCAUAACCGAACCAGCAGGCGUCGUCGACAACCCGCGAAGGGUCUACAACCUCAUGGCCCUGAGAACGCUGGAGGGCGCCAUACCGGAGGUUCGCUGGACGUUCUUCCUCAACCUCAUCCUGCGCGACGUGGGCGUUUCGAUGGAUCUAAAUGAUCACGUGGUCGUCACGAAUCCCAUCUACCUGAAGAAGCUUUCCCGGUUGCUCAAGUCGGUUCCAAGCUCGAUCGUGGCCAACUACCUCGGCUGGCGCAUCGUGCAAGUGAUGGGCCAGCACGCCAUGUCCCGGUUCCGGCAGGCGCAGUUCCGCUUCGACCACUACCGCUACCUGCUGCAGGAGCCCACCGAGGUGCCGAGGCAAUGCGUGCGCAUCACCAUGCGCCUGCUCGGCUUCGCCGUCGGCAGGCUCUACUUUGACCGGCACGUCAGCAAGGCCUCGCUGCGCUACAAGGGGGUUUACGACAUGGCCGAGGAGCUGCGGCAAGCGUUCAGCGUUCUCAUCGAUAUGAGUCGCUGGAUGGACUCGAAGACCAAGGAGCGUGCAUUGGUCAAGGUGGCUUCCGUCUGA